CUUUCUUUGAUACUCUUCAAACCAAAGCAAACAAAACAAACCAUAACAUCAAAAGAGUUUGUUUCUUAUAAAAAUAUAUAAACAAUCCUUUGGUUAUGGUUUGAUUCUUGGUCGCCAUCUCUUGCCCAACUUCACCUUCCCUGACAUAAACACAACACCUUCCUAAUCUUUCUUUCUUAUAACCCUCUUUUCUUGUUCCUUGUCUUCUCAAUCUUUUAACUUAUUUUAGAAACAUAUUCUCCCACUAAAAUUUAUUUCAUUUCAGACAAAAGCUGCUAUUGAGUAGUUUCCUUUUAUGGAAUAGAUUCCUUCUUUUUGGGAAAUCGUGGAGUUCGUGUACGGAGCUGAGUUUACCUUUUUUGGUGGUUGCAAAUAAGGUCUAAAUAGAUAUCAAAGGCUUUGGAAUGGAUACUAUUUACUCUGUUCAACCUGAACCAUCUUCCAAUAUUAUCUCCAUCACUAUUUCAUCAUCUUCUUCCUUGAGUACCACGCCACCACGAGGUGACAACACUGAUUCUUCUGCCUCUGUUCAAGAGAGGUCCUUCUACUUAAGGUUCGCUAUGAGGGUCUCUAGAGCUAGAUGGUUUAUAUUCUUGAGGAGAGUGUUCCACUAUCAAAACGGAUCAAGAUCAGAUCUCGGCUCCAAUCCUUUCAACUCCACCACGUGGAUGAUGUCUGAGCUUAUAGCUCUGCUUGUUCAGCUUACUGUGAUAACACUCACACUAGCUAUCUCAAAAGAAGAGAGACCUAUUUGGCCAGUGAGGUUAUGGAUCACAGGUUAUGAUGUGGGAUGUCUCCUCAGUCUCAUGCUGUUAUAUGGUCGGUUUCGCUACCAAGGAAACAUGUUUGUCCUCAGUGAUAUUGAGCAGCAACAUAGAGGCAGAGAAGAAAACAGGAGCUCUCAUUUGAUGAACAGAUGCAGAACGUCUCUAGAGCUUUUCUUUGCGAUUUGGUUUGUGAUUGGGAACGUUUGGGUGUUUGAUUCUAGAUUUGGUUCUUUCAACCAUGCUCCCAAGCUUCACUCCCUAUGUGUUUCUCUUCUAGCUUGGAACGCUCUGUGCUACUCUUUUCCCUUUAUUCUCUUCUUGUUCCUUUGUUGCCUUGUGCCUCUCGUUAGUAGUCUCCUUGGAUACAACAUGAACAUGGGAUCUUCAGACAGAGGAGCAUCUGAUGACCAAAUCUCUAGUCUCCCUAGCUGGAAGCACAAACGAAUCGAUGACCAUGGUUCUGAUUCAGCUCCUAAAACUGAUGAUCCUGAGUGUUGUAUAUGUUUGGCAAAGUAUAAAGACAAGGAAGAAAUAAGGAAGCUUCCAUGUUCACAUAAGUUUCACCUAAAGUGUGUAGAUCAAUGGCUUCGUAUCAUCUCUUGUUGCCCUCUCUGCAAACAAGAUCUUUCCAGAUGA